CAGCGAGAGGGUGAAACGGUGGCCCAGUUCGUGACAAGGUUAAGACAAGUUGUGAAAGAUUGUGAUUACGGUGAUCAGGCGGAUAAUCAAAUUCGAGAUCAAGUUGUUCAGCGGUGUACGUCCCAUGAUUUAAGGCGGAAAUUGCUUGAGAAAGGUGACACUUUAACCCUAGAAGUUCUACUUAAAACUGCUGCGUCCUUUGAGGCUGUGCAAGCUCAGCUGGAGAGUAUGAAGAGUAGAGGCGUUACUGUGAAUCAAGUUCAUGACUCAAGCGAAAGCAGGCAUUAUCAUAAAGGGAAGAAGACAUCGGGCGAGCCUGGAAACAAAACAUGUUAUCGAUGCGGCAACACAGGACAUUUUGGACGAGACCCUGAAUGCCCCGCGAAAGGAAAAACCUGCAGGUCAUGUGGUGGUGCUGAUCAUUUUUCUUCGCAAUGCAGAAGCAAGAAGAGUAAACGUAGAGGCGAUAAGAAGCCAGAAGAGAAGAGGAAAGUGAGAUAUAUGCAGGGAGAAAAUGAUGACGAGGAAGAUGAGUAUGCGUUCACUGUAAAAUCAGUGUCACAGCCGGAAAAAGUUCAGGUAAUUGUGGGCGGUUGUGUUGUGAAAAUGGUGAUUGAUUCAGGGGCGAGCACUAACAUUGUAGACAAAGGUCUAUGGAAUGACCUAAAGCAGCAGAAGAUUGUCUGUGUAUCCAAGAAAUGUGACAAGAAGCUUUACGCGUAUGGAAGCAAGGAGCCAUUGAAAGUUUUGGGAACAUUUUCAGCGCUAACGAAAGUAGCUGAGAGCGAGGUUCAAGCUGAAUUUGUUGUCAUCGAUGGUGAAGGAGAAGCACUACUUGGAAGAGAAACUGCGUUGUAA